AUGUCAACAACGCAGCGAAGUGAAAGCAUGAAUGCUUUCUUUGAUAAAUACAUUAAUAAGAAAACUACUUUAAAACAAUUUGUUGAACAAUAUGAGAAUGCUUUGGCAGCAAAGGUGCAUAAUGAAACUGUUGAAGAUUUUAAUUCUUUCAAUUCACGGAUUUCUUAUUUCCAAAAUGAGAUAGUUGGAAGUAUUUGUUGCAAUUUGUCUUCAUGCAGAGAACAUGACAAUUUUUCAGAGUAUGAAGUACGUGAAGAUAUAUCACGUGGAGAAGAUCAGCAGAGCGUAAUUUUUCAUGUGUAUUUUAAUGAGGAUAACAGUGAAGUUAAAUGCAAAUGCAAGCUAUUUGAGUUCAAGGGGAUAGUAUACAGGCAUCAAAUAUUAGGGUUUAUUCAUAGGAAGAUUUAUCGAAUACCAGACAAGUACAUCUUAGACAGAUGGAAUAAAAAUGUCAAAAGGAGGCACACUAAAGUUCGAAUAAGUUAUGACAAUUGGUCUUUGAAACCUGAAGCAUGUCGCUAUGAAAAGAUGUGUAAUGCCUUUUACGAGGUUGCUAAUUUGGCAGCGGAUUCUGAAAAUGUAUAUAAGAAUGUGAUGACACAAAUAUGUGAAAUGAAAGGGGAGCUCAAGGAAGGGGGGAAUGCUUGUGGUAGCAAUAAGCCUAUUUCUAUAGAUAUUCAGAAUGAUUCCACCUCAUGUGACAAUGGUCAUGUAACAUCAAAAGAAGCUAGAAAAAUUCUUGAUCCAGUGGUUGUUUCUCAAAAGGGGCGACCAUCUUUUAAAAGGAAGAUGUCAAAGGUUGAACAAGCUGUGAAGAAAAAAAAGGAAAAGGAAAAGAAAAUGAAAAUGAAGACUAUAACUAACGAAAGGAAUGUAGUUAACCAAGUUGAGACUUCAAUUCUUGAGGAAACUUGUGAGAAGGUUAGGCUAUAA